AUGAAUACAAGCAGUGUACCAGGAGACAGCAAAAAGUCGUUUAAAUUACCGAAAAUCGAGUUGGCUAAAUUCAGUGGAGACGUGCAAGAAUGGCUACAGUUCUGGAGUUUAUUCAAGAAAAUUCAUGAUGACGCGGAUAUCGCGAAUAAAGAUAAAUUCCAAUAUCUCAUACAAUCGAUGAUUCCUGACUCUCGUGCCGCCGAUUUAGUGAAGAGUUAUCCGCCCACGGCCGAGAAUUAUAACAAGGUAAUUAGCAGCCUGAAGAAUCGUUUUGGACGUGAUGAUCUACAAAUCGAAGUAUAUGUGCGCGAGCUUUUACAACUCGUUUUGCAAAAUGCAUUGAAAUUCAAGGCUCUUUCCCUUACGAGUUUGUACGAUAAAAUUGAGUUACAUUUAAGAGCAUUCGGAUCUCUGGGCGUCACAACAGAUAAGUGUGUGGCGAUGCUAUUUCCGCUUGUGGAAUCAUUGCUGCCGGAAGACAUUUUACGCGCGUGGCAGAGAAGUUCCGUAAACAAUGCCGCGUUGCAAAGUAACGAUAUUGCGACGUCUCAGUGCAGGGAUCGACUGACGCAACUUAUCAAGUUCUUGGAAGGAGAAGUACAAAAUGAACUACGGAUUUAUAUGGCGGUCAAAGGCUUUGAUUUAACGGCGGAUAAUGCAGACAGUGAGAAAAAGCGACGAUCGAAGACACGCGCGAAGAAUGAGGAUGUUUCGACCGCGAUGGGAUUGCUGACGACGAAAGAAAAAGAUAGUGCGUGUAUAUUUUGCAAUUCCGAUCACGAAAGUGCGCGUUGCGAAAAUGCCAGGAAAAUGAGCCUCUCUGAAAGACGAGAGCACGCGAAAAAACAGGGCGUAUGUUUUAAUUGUCUGAAAGCUGGACACAAUUUUAAACAAAUGCCGAAUUAA